AUGAAGUCCAAGAGUAUCAUGGCCGCUUCAGCAGUGAUGGAGCUUGCACUUGCCCAAGCCUCUGCGGAUCCUCUUUGUUCAACCAUCAUCAAUCUUCAGCCCAUCGAAUAUCAGUUCCAGCAGCCUAUCCUCAUCGACUCCUACUUCCCUGCCAACACUGACAUUGUCCUCGAUGAUGGCCAUGUUGUGCAUGUCACCAAUGCUCCCACGUCUUUGAGCACUGUCCUCACUGAUGUCUCGACUAGCUUGACUACUCUGACCAGUGCCACCAAUGGUAACGGCAACGGCAACGGUUCUCCUCCCGAUGGAGGCUACCUCACCUUCACUGUUCCUGCGAACCCUGAUGACAUUGGCAACCAACCUGUCACCAAGACCUACCCCCCGACUGAGCCAGGCCAGCCGGGUGUUGUAAUUAUCCAGGUCCCAACAUCUCCUCCUGGAGUUAAUGGGUCCCCAUCUUCAAUCCCGUAUGUCACGGUCACUACCACCGGAGACUUUUCUUCUCUCACCGGCCCUGCCACUACUACUAUCACCCCUGAUAAGCCAGGAGCAACCGGCAGUGUCAUCAUCGAGGUCCCCAACACCAAGGCUGAUCCCUCUUCAGCAUCUUAUGUCACUGUCACUACUACAGGUGGCCUUUCUCCUACUGAUGACCCUCUCACAAGCACUGUUCCUCCCAGCAACCCUUCCGAUCCCGGCACUGUCAUCGUUAUAGUGCCAAGCUCCACGGCUGCACCCUCAUCCUCUGUACCUUUUAUUACCGUUACUACCACUGGUAGUAGCCUCAACCCAACAGACGGCCCGGUCACUUCGACUAUUUCUCCAUCAGGAUCAACUGGUACAGGUACCGUUAUCGUGGAGGUUCCUCCUUCUAGUUCUCCUGCUUCAAUCCCAUUUACCACUGUUACCACCACCGGUAGCACUCUCAACCCCACAGACAACCCAGUCACGUCCACUAUUUCGCCAUCUGGCUCAACAGGUACGGGCACUGUCAUCGUGGAGGUUCCUCCUUCCAGUUCUCCUGCUUCUUCAAUCCCAUUUACCACUAUUACCACCACCGGUAGCACUCUCAACCCCACAGACAACCCAGUCACGUCCACUAUUUCGCCAUCUGGCUCAACAGGUACGGGCACUGUCAUCGUGGAGGUCCCCCCUUCCAGUUCUCCUGCUGGCCCCGGCUCAUCUUCCACUCCCGCCUCUUUUGUCACUCGCACUGUAACUGGAGAGGAUGGCAAUGGUGAGCCCUCCACCACUACCAUCUCUCCCACCGCAAGCUCUGGCCCAGCGACAGUAAUUGUCGAAGUCCCGCCUGUGACCAACAGCCCUUCAUCUUCAUCACCUGGAGACAGUAGCUCUGGAGGUCCUGGCUCCACUGGACCUAGCAGCCCUGCUACUCAGGGGCCCAGCGAUAGCGCCGCUCCAUCUAGUAGCACUGGCGGUACUGUACCAUCAUCUUCUGCUCCUGAAACAUCUAGCCCCAGCCAGGCGACUACCGAUGAUACUGCUUCGAGCACGCCAGCAAGUAGUUCGGCUGCGCCCUCCAGUUCUGAUGCAGACACGAGCAGCCCUGCCACCUCUGCUGCUUCUUCAAGUAGCGAUGCAGAGACCAGUUCUCCUGCCAACCCCACCACCUCCAGCCCUGCUUCGUCAGCGGCUACCUCAGCGUCCGGUUCCUCCACAGAGUCUACUCCCAGCUCCUCCACCAGCGCCGCGGCCGCCAACUUUAAUCCUUGCCCCGACAGUCUCUAUGGAAACCCCGAGUGUUGUUCCCUUGAUGUUCUUGGGGUUGCAGACGCUGAAUGCGACUCACCCACUGAAACCCCUACCGAUGCCGCCGACUUCCAAGCCAUCUGCGCUGCUAGUGGUAAACGAGCACGAUGCUGUGCCCUUCCAGUGCUUGGCCAAGCUCUUGUUUGUAUGACUCCCGUUGGCGUAUCUAACUAA